AUGUUCAGUAGGACCCUGCAACAAUUGUCGAGCUCGAGCACAAGACGUAAUGUUGUGAGCUCAACUUGCUUCAACACCAAGUCAUGGAGUGUUCGUAACUUCCACACUUCAACACCAUCAUUCUCUGAUGCUCUCAGCAGACACGUGGAGACAGAUGAUAAUAAUGAGAAUACACCAUUCGACUUCACAGCGGAGAAUAUGAAGAAGGUUGAGAAGAUCUUGUCAAAGUAUCCACCAAGAUAUAGACAGUCGGCUAUGAUCCCGAUGCUUGAUUUGGCUCAACGUCAGAAUGGCGGCUGGAUCUCAUUGCGUGCAAUGGAUAAGGUUGCAGAGAUCAUUGGCGUUGCACCAAUGGUUGCCUAUGAGGUUGCCUCCUUCUACACCAUGUUCAACCGUACCAAGGUUGGCAAGAACUUUGUCCAGGUGUGCACCACUACACCAUGCAUGCUUCGUGGAUCAGCAGAGAUCGUCGAGGCCUGCAAACAUCAUCUUGGCAUCGGAGUUGGAGAGUCAACCAAGGAUGGAAAGUACACUCUUGUAGAGGUUGAGUGUCUUGGAGCUUGUGUCAAUGCUCCAAUGAUCUGUAUUAAUGAUGACUUUUACGAAGACCUUACUCCAGAGUCAAUGAAGGGACUGUUGACUCAAAUCGACAAAGGACAAGAGACAAAGAUUGGACCACAGACUCAUAGAAAGGCUGCCGAGGGUCCACUUGGAAAGACUACUUUGUUGGAGGCUCCAUACGGACCAUUCUGCAGAGAAGAUUUAUAA